AUGUCCUCCACAACCAUCGAAGCCCCAGUCCACGAAACCGCCCCAUUCAAAGGUAUUGGAAAACCGUUCAUCUUUGUUUCGAUCAACUACCGCCUGGGCUAUUUCGGCUUUCUUUCGUCUGCUGAGCUAGCCGCUGAUGCAAAGAGCCACGGCGAGUCAACCGGAGGAUUCUCAGUCCUCGCGCAUCUCCAAUCCAACGAGUCAGUCCGCAAGCGAGGCAUCAUUCAAUCUAGACCAUCGUGGAAUCUCGAAAACCCGCAGGCGGCACAGGCGAAAUUCGACACCUUAACCCUGCGUAUCGGAAUUCCGGCUAACACCCCCGCUGCUGAGAAGGUAGCUGCGCUGCGGGCCUUGCCGGAUGAGAAAAUAGUGGAUCUUCUUGAUGGGCAAAUCAUGGCAACGCCCAAUUGGGAUCCAAACUGGUUCAGCGAUAAGACUUUGUUGACUGGAUCGAUUGAUUGCGCUGGAAAACUGGCAGAAUGGGCGGAAAGCGCCGUGGUAGGAUUACUACGAGAUGAAGUGGCUAUCUUCCCUCUAGAUCAGAUGUUCAAAACAAGAACGGAGGUGGUGGACAGUGCCAGAGCCGCACUCCGUCCUGGAGCGGAUGAUGUGGACGAGCGCUUUGCCGUUGAGAUUCUUGAAGCCAAUGGGUUGAAAGAUACCCUCGCCUAUUCGGAUGCAAUCGACCGGCUACGUGGUCUAGCACCAGAUGCUUGUUUUCACCGCGUGGGGUUCGACCAGCCAGAUGUGCAAGAUAGCAGCAUCCACCAAGGAAACGCCUACCACCUCUUAGAUCUCGCAUAUCUGUGUCGUCUUCCUGCUGUUUCAAGCAAUGAGGCCCCCUUGUCCUGUCGAGCUACCACCGAUGCAUUCUCAGAUAUGCCUAUAAAGUAUUUUUAUGGGUCUUCUCCCUGGGAGACUUAUUCGGAGGGAAAGAAGAUUAUGGUUUUUGACGGCCAGCAAACGCGGGUGGAAAGACAAGAAAUCGGACCUCUUACGUGGGCGAGACUGUUGGGAACGCCAGAGAGGGAAAGGAGAUUUGGGUCGUUUUUCUUCAAUCUUAUGAGAGGUGGCCAAGAAUAA